AUGACCGAAGAUAUUUACCUCGUGACAGGUGCCAGUGGUUUCGUUGCCAGUCAUGUUGUCCAACAAUUACUUGAGAGCGGCUACCGUUUUCAUGCGACGGUUCGCAGUAUAAAGAACGAGAAAAAGCCCGGGAAAUUGACUUUGUUUGAGGCGGAUCUCCUAAAGGCACGGUCUUUCGACGUCGCAGCAAAGGGCUGUUCGGUGGUGUAUCACAUUGCCUCGCCCUUUUUUAUCGAAAGUCGGAUUCGUGACGGCCAGAAAGAGGUGGUUGAGCCGGCUCUCAAAGGAACACAACAUGUUCUCGAUGCGGUCCAGAAAUGCGAAACGAUCAAACUUGUCGUCGUCACAUCAUCUGUAGCGGCCAUCUUUGGAGACAACACAGAUGUGCAGAAUAUGAAGGAUAAUACACUCUCCAGCGAGUAUUUCAACACCACCAGCACCGUUACACACAAUGCGUAUUCAUAUUCCAAGGUGAUUGCGGAAAAAGAGGCGUGGAAAUACUACGAGGCACAACCGAACCCACGGCGCUGGAGAUUAGUGACAAUCAACCCUGGGUUUGUUUUGGGCCCGUCGCUCUCUCCCACUUCAGAAUCUGGCAGUCUGUCUUUACUUGACCAGCUGCUCCGCGGUGAAUUGUUUUUGGGGGUUCCAGACUUGUGGUUUGCCACUGUCGACGUCCGAGAGGUUGCCACAGCUCACCUUCGAGUAGCCCAGAACCCGGAUUCACACGGUCGUUAUAUCUUGGCCGACAAAGAGAUGCAUAACUUUGUGGAGUUUGCUCGCAUCCUACGCUCACUUGCUCACUCCAGCCGAAUUCCGGAACAUAAGCUUCCAAAUUCGCUGGUACGUUUAUGCGGACCGUUACUCGGCUUACGCCAAAAAUGGCUUAAAUUGAAUCUGGGCGUCAAAUUCAAUAUCAACAAUCAUGCCAGUGUGGAGGAGUUAAAGAUUUUUUAUCGACCUUUGAAGGAGACAUUAGCAGACCAUUUCCACUCCUGGAGUGUGCAGAGAAAGUCGCAAUAGGAGUGCUAGGUCAGUAACGAUGUUGCAUUCGGAAUGAUUUGUCCCAUUUAACACCUUUCGCUUUUUGUCUGUUUUAGAGAUUGGAUAUGAAAGCUACCUUCCCUACCUUUAGAAGCUCUUUUCACCCGUGGUGGUCAUUAACUGUUUAUGCCUAAGGCGACCUCCAGGGACUAAUUCAACUGAUAAUUACUCCUAUGGCGAUUGCAAUAGGUAAUCGCCUCAGGACGGGCAGGAGAAUUGUAUAUAAAUAUAAUUACAAGAUAUGUGUAUGACAAAAAUUAAAAUCCAGAAAGUUC